GUGAAAGUGGAACAAAAUAAAUUCAAACCAUGAAGGCACAAUUUUACUGCCUGAUCCUUUUAGCGAUCUUGGCUUUUUGUAAUUCAAAUCCAGCUCCAUUGAACACCGACGAAUCAGAAGCAAGGCUAUUCAUCCAAGAUGCAAAAAACAAACUCAAUACUAUAUACGAAGAAAUGCGUUUAGUAGGCCAUGAUCUUGAUAUAAAUCCAAAUUUAAUGUUUCGAUAUCAAAAGUUACAAAAUGUAACAAAUUCAAUUGCUGAACUUGCUCAGCAAUCGAAAAAAUUCGAGACUUCACAAUACAAAGACGAAGAAUUGAAGUAUAUUCUCGAAAUACUCACCCAACAAGCUGAUGAAGGAAUUCUUGGAACAUGGUGGUUUGAGAAGAUGUUGGAUGCAGUCAAUGCUGUAGAGGCUAUUGGAAGUCGGAAGAACAUUGCGAAAUUUCAUAAGAAAAGAGUUAAUUUGGCUUAUUAUCCGGACAUUGAAAAUAUAAUUGCUUAUACGAAUAAUAGUGCAGAAUUAAAGUAUUAUUGGAAGGAAUUGAGGGAGCAUAAUUCGAAUUUGGUUGUCAGGAAUUUAAUAACAAUCACCGAUGUGAUUUUAAAAGCAGCUAACGCAACAGGUGAGUCCUAA